GCCAGUAGGCUUGCGGCUAAUGGCCAUUCUCCAUGGGACAGAACUGCGCCAUUUUUGUGAAGUCGAACAAGAACAACAGCACUGAGCACUUGCCAUCGUCAUCAUUGCUCGUGCAAUCGUUCUUCUUCCGCACUACCCGGGUGCCGGUGCCACAGGUCUUCCAGAGAAGCAUUAUGGCAGAACAUCUGUCCACGUUCUUCUGGGCAAACUGGCGGAGGCUAAUGGCGUUCUUCGUGCCCAUCAUCUUGCUGCCUAUGUUCGUCGUCUACGACUCCAAGGAAAGCCGGUGUGCGUACGGCUUCGUCCUCAUCUCCAUCUUCUGGAUUUUCCAGCUGGUCCACACUGCUGUCACAUCCCUUCUUCCAGUUUUCAUAUUUCCGAUGCUUGGAAUUCUCACGACGGCCGACAUUUCUGAACCAUACAUGAAGGAUGCCAUAAUGAUGUACCUAGCAAAUAUGAUCCUGACCAGUGCUGUGGAACAUUGCAACCUCCACUACAGGACAGCGCUUACCAUCCUCCUUGGUGUUGGAGCCAGCACAAAGAGGAUGAUGCUCGGCCUAAUGCUCGCCUCCAUGUUCUUGUCAAUGUGGGUACGAAAUAACGUCGUAACACUUAUGUUCCUGCCAAUUGUUGACUGCGUAGUGUCGGAGAUUUCCAAGAAAGCAGUUGGAGCACCUGCUCAACGAAGAAGUGUAACCCUCGACCACGCAUUCAAAUCUGGCAUGGAUGAAACGGGGGAGGACAGGGAGGAGAGCCAGAAAGCAAUGGGGCCACCGUGUGUGCAUGAAGAAAACGUGCAGCCACCGUUUAAUCCUGACCAAAACGUACAGCCACCGUUUAAUCCUGACCAAAACGUACAGCCACCGUUUAUGCCCCAAGAAAAUGUACACCCGCCGUUUAUGCCUCCAGACAUAGCAAGCUACGAAGAAAAGAAGCAAUUUCAGCGUAUCCUGUUGCUGGCCGUGGCGUACGCAGCCAGUAUCGGUGGCACAGGAUCACUGGUCGGAACUUCGCCGAAUCUUCUGCUGUGGGGAGUUCUAGAGGACUUAUACCCGCAUGUCACUCAACUCACAUUUGCUACGUGGAUGUACUACAAUGUUCCUCCCAUGCUGUUAUGCGUCACGUUCGCGUGGCUUUACCUGUACCACUGUCAUGUCCCUAAGAGGUACCACGGAGAGAAGGCAGAUCACAAUGCCAUACUCAGGUCUAUUCGGAUAUACUACCAUAAUCAAGAUGGCAUGACGUUUCACGAAGCAGCUGUCUUCAUCAUAUGGAGUCUUACGAUACUAGUAUGGUUCCUGCGAGACCCGUACUUUUUUUCCGGGUGGACAUCACUCUUCACCCUCAAAGAAAAAGUGCACGGCGCGACACCGGCGUUCUUUUCGGUCGCACUUUUAUUCCUGAUUCCCGCGAGGCCCAUGCACGAAGCAAGCGGCCCCUCGCUCACAGAGUGGUACGUUGUCCAAAGGAAGACAGCGUGGGAUGUCCUGCUUCUUAUGGGAGGAAGUUAUGCUCUGAUCAGGGCAUCGGAGAUGUCCGGCCUAUGUUCCGCAGUGGGAUCUUUCUUCGCCUUCUUGGACUUCGUACCGAGGGUACUGCUUGUGGUAAUAAUGUGUGUUUUGACUACCAUCUGCACAGAAGUGGUCGGUAGCGCAACUGCUGCAAGCAUCCUACUCCCACUAAUGGCGGCCUUCGUGCGAGCACUCCGCAUUCACCCUCUUCACUUGAUGCUUCCGGUCACCGUAUCCGUCUCGUACGCUUUCGUAUCCCCUCUGUCAACACUGUCCAACACUAUUGUCUGCGACCACGGCAGCAUAGAGGCUUCUUUUAUGGCUCGAACAGGGAUUGUCGUGAACAUCUUCUGCAUUGCUGUUCAAUCUAUUUGCGUUCAUACUGUAGGAGUAUUGAUAUUCCACAUAAACGAUCUACCGCCUUCGAUAGAAGGCACCAAUUCGACGGCAAUAACGUCGCCGAAGUACUCAAGAGCUGGAGAGGGGAAAACAAAAUGGUUCUUCCCAGCAUACGGUUUAUGAUGUUUGCAAUUACACCUUAUAUAUGAUA